CAAGAAGAACACCAAAAGUAUUGCAAAACGUUUCUAACAAAAUACUGUGAAAAUUUCAACGAAGCACCAUGCUGAAGAUAGCAAGGAUACAGUACAGAAGGAUGAGCGUCCAGGCAGCGCGGCUGUUGGUGAGCCCGUCCCGAGCCCUGGUGGACGAGAGAGUGGACAUCACCGUGGAGAGCCUGUUUCCCCGUCAGCCGGUUACUUUACAGGCACAGCUGGUGGAGGGGGCGGCGCGGUUCCAGUCCUACGCACAUUACAUGGCCGACAGUGCUGGGAAACAGUCUGCACUGGGAGGGACGUACACAGGCAUAGAACAGAUGGGUCUGUUCUGGAGCCUGCAGCCCUCCCCUGGGCAGAAACCCGGGCUGCGGCUCAGGAAGAAGGACGUCUCCACACCGUUCCUGGUCAACCUCAGCCUGCACGACGGACAUGUGGACGUGACUGGAGAAGAAGAGAACCUGCCUGACUGUCUCGCGGCUACAACUGUGGAGAGGUGGUACCUGGGGGAAGGUGUGGAGAGGAUACCUGUGAGGGAAGGGCGUGUCCGGGGAACGUUGUUUCUACCUCCAGGAAAAGGCCCGUUUGCAGGAGUUAUCGACCUGUUCGGGUCUACCGGAGGUUUAGCCGAGUACCGUGCGGCGCUCCUGGCAUCGCGAGGCUUCGCUGUUCUCGCCCUGGCAUUCCUCGCUUACGACGAUCUUCCAAAAGAGAUAAACGACAUUGACCUAGAUUAUUUCGAGGAAGCAGUGGACUGGCUGCUUAGUCUCUCCAAUGUCCAGAGCCAUGGUGUGGGCAUUUUGUCCACCUCAAAGGGAGGGGAGAUAGCUUUAAGCAUUGCCUCGCACAUGGGGAACAAGGUUGCAGCGGCAGUAGCGAUUGGGUCGCACGCUGCCGUAACCGGGGCUCCACUGCCUUAUAAGGGCAAAGUCUUACCUUGUGCACAAUAUAUGCCUGAAAAUGUUGUAUACACCAAAGAGGGUCAUGUUGAUUGUAGAGACACGGUAGACACAACCAAAGAGCCAGGCAUACAGGCAUGUAUCCAGGUAGAAAAGGCAGAGUGUCCCAUCAUGUUUGUGGCAGGGGAGGAUGAUCGCAUUGUGAAGGCAGUUUUCUUUGCAAAUCAGGUCAUUGCUAGAGUGAAGGCUCAUGGGAAGACUAACUACACGCUGCUGAGGUACCCUGGGACAGGUCACCUGAUCGAGCCGCCCUACACGCCUCACUGUGGCCUGUUCUACCACGGAGUUUUCCGCUGGUACAUGUUAGCAGGUGGAGAACCAAAAAGUCACGCGGCAGCCCAGGAGGACUCUUGGCACAAAAUUCUUCUUUUCUUCAGGACUCAUGUAGACAGGAGCAGACCACAAAGCCAACUCUAGAACCAUGGUCUCACUCUUAUUAUCAACUACAUAUACUUGAUUGUUCUACUAUUUA